UGUUCCGACCGACGAAGAGAUCAAUAUAUCCAUGGCAAUGGACGAAAAUCUAUCAGAUGAAGCUGUUGUGGAACAUCUCGAAAUCAUACGGAAACGGAGUCGCAAGGGCAAACAUCGGUCACUCCCUAUCCCGAGGGCCACUAGCCAUGGUUCGGCUAGCAUAUCACUUUCUAAGCAAAGAUCUAGCCAUUUGUUCCAACUCGGAGAUCAGUUCGCCAGUCAUCCAAGUUCGCCACGUCGAUCGGAAGAGUCCGAGUCCGUGACGCCGUUACCUAUAAUUUUGGAUGAUGCCGAGUCGGACUAUUGACGACGCUGCGCUCUGGAGUACUGCCAGAAAGGCAUUGUUUUGCAUCCGAGAAAUCGUCGGGACAGAGAAAAAAUACCAAGGAGCCCUCAAGAUGCUCCUGACAGGACAGACAGCGAAUCAACCACCUCCGCAGUUGUUAACAUACCUUCCUGACCUCAUACGAGCAUCAGAGGCGUUGUUGAAGGCCUUCCUUGAUGACCCCUCCGCUUGGGGCGUAUCCAUCGCCUUCAUGGCUUGCGAAGAUGAUAUUGAAGCUGCUAUGGUUUCAUGGUGCAGAGUGGCAGGCAACUUCUUUACUGAUGGUCGCAGCCACGAAGGCGAGUCAGCCAUCAUGGGAGGGAAAUGGCGUCUGCGCAAGUCUCUGCUCUCCACCACAAACAAUCCUCUCACCACUGUGGUCGAGAAGUCAAGUGGAAACUCUUUUCCCGCUAGUUCCUCUCCUCCCCGUCUUCUAACUCUAAUGAAUGAGGCAGGGAGUAGGAUUAGAGAUAGACAACGGACUGUUGAACACUAUUGGAAGGUGUCUGAUGACGGUGAUGCCAAGUCCCAUGCAGAACGACGUCCUAGAGUCAACUCGGUCGACGGUCGAUCAAGGGGAGAGCCUCUGACUCGAAGGCAAAGUGUACGGGAUCUUGCAAUUCAACCAACCCAGCGAGUUAUGAGAUAUGUUUUGUUGUAUCGAGAUCUCUUGGAGAGUACACCUCUCACUUCUCCUUCCCGCGCUCUUGUUGAGAGAGCACUCGAAGCUGCGACCCGCAUUGCUAAUAAGUGCGACCAUGCACAAGACAAUGCUGCCUUUUUCCAUAGAUAGAAUGUUUUGCAUCCUAUAUUUAUUCUUCAAUAGUAUUAGCAUCGAAUAGCUGCGCCGAUUUGUACCACACACUGCAACUGUUAUACCCAGCAAUCAUCUCAUUGAUAUGUAACAUAAGUCAUCUUGCUU